GUUUGCUAUUCGAAAGCUGAAGUUUCGCUUGAAUUACGCCUAAAAGUCAAACCGAUCGUCAAAACCUAAAAUUAAAUUUGAAAAAAAAAAACAGUUGCGGGGUAAAGUUUGUGUUUAAAUCGGUAGUACUUAAACUUAGCUUUGUUGUCUUCAUGUAAUUAAAGAAAACGUAAACAUGUCACUGUCUCUGUCACCUGGUCUCUCUUUCUAACUUGUGAUUUCUGUUCGUCUAUUUCUAAUUCCUCUGUCAAAAAGGUGCUGGUGAGGCUCUGAAAAUCCGACGAUUUUCCAAAAAUCCGUCGAAAAUGUCCAAUUUUCACAAAGUGGAGGUCAACAAAACCGUCUGGGAAGUACCAGUGAGGUACCAAAUGCUAUCAACGGUGGGUUCUGGAGCAUACGGCCAAGUUUGCUCAGCUGUCGACACUUACUCAAAUAGGAAAAAAGUUGCAAUAAAGAAGUUAGCCCGACCUUUUCAAUCAGCAGUUCAUGCUAAAAGGACGUACCGAGAAUUAAAACUGCUCAAACAUAUGAGACAUGAAAAUGUCAUAGGUUUAUUGGAUGUUUUUUACCCACAACAUGAUAAUAACCAGAUUUAUCUAGUCACGCACUUGAUGGGGGCUGAUUUAAAUAACAUCAUACGUACUCAAAAACUCACAGAUGAUCAUGUCCAAUUUUUGGUAUACCAGAUCUUACGAGGGCUAAAGUACAUACAUUCUGCAGGCAUAAUACAUAGGGAUUUGAAGCCAUCAAAUAUUGCUGUGAACGAAGACUGUGAGCUAAAAAUCCUCGAUUUCGGGCUUGCCAGACCUACCGAAACCGAAAUGACCGGAUAUGUAGCAACUCGAUGGUACAGGGCACCCGAAAUAAUGUUAAACUGGAUGCACUACAAUCAAACAGUCGAUAUUUGGUCAGUUGGUUGCAUCAUGGCCGAAUUGUUAACAGGACGUACAUUAUUUCCAGGAACAGAUCACAUCCACCAACUCAACUUGAUUAUGGAAAUUUUAGGAACACCCAGUGAUGAAUUUAUGAAAAAAAUAACAUCAGAAAGUGCAAGGAGUUACAUAAAGUCGCUGUGCCCUCUACCUAAGAAAGAUUUGAAUCAGUAUUUCCUUGGAGCGAAUCCUCAAGCUGUCCAUCUGUUGAGUCUUAUGUUGGAGUUGGAUAGUGACAACAGGAUCACUGCGGAAAGAGCAUUGGCACAUCCUUAUUUAGCGGCUUAUGCUGACCCCAAUGAUGAACCUGUCUCGGCUCCUUACGAUCAAAGUAUUGAAGAUAUGAACCAUCCAGUUGAAAAAUGGAAAGAAUUAGUUUUAGAAGAGAUUAAAUCGUUCGUCUAUAUACCUCCACAAAAUGAGGAAUCGUAAAUACACGUUCAAUGCUAAUUGCUCACGAUAUAAAUGUUUGCGUUUAGAAAAACGAAAUCGAUUGGAUUUAUUUUAUUUAAAACAAGUUUAUCGAUUCGUUCAAAAAAAUUAUGAAUUGUCUUUAUCCAUCAAUAUUAAUAAUUUUUUUUGCGUUAUUUGCAGCUUUAUUGUUUAUUAAUU